AUGUCGUCCGUCCUCUCACCGCCCGGCCUUCGUGCCGCCACGUCAUUCCUUUGUCUGGCCAUGGCCGUCCAGGCACUGCCCAGGGGCCUUUGGAGAAGCGAAGACUCCUUCACGCGGCAGGCCUGCUUCGUCUCGGCACAUGAUGAACAGAGGCUGCUUACAGAGAACGCUUCAUCCUCCGAGUCCAUGACGGUCGAGGCAUGUGCGGCAUCUUGCUCCUCGUACCAAUAUUUCGGUCUUGAGUACGGUCGGGAGUGCUACUGCGGCAACUCGUACCCAGAAGCAGCCGUCUCCGUCGCCGACAGCGAAUGCUCCUUCAGCUGCUCUGGAGACAGUACACAAACCUGUGGCGCUGGUAAUCGCAUCGAGAUCUACCGCAACAACAACUGGACGCCACGCACUCCAGCCGCCCUCGAAGUGCCUUACCUCGGCUGCUUUAAGGACGAGGGUUCUCGCGUGCUGCCCAAUAACCUCCUAGCCGCCGACGAUAUGACGGCCGAGAAAUGUGCCCAGCAUUGCAGCAGCUACGCUUUCUUUGGUGUCGAGUACGGCCGGGAAUGCUGGUGCAGUAACAAUGCUCCCGAGCCGUCUCUUGCUGCCCCUGAAGCCGACUGCUCUUUUCCCUGUGCCGGCAACGACACCCAGAUCUGUGGCGCCAGCGGUCGUAUUAACGUAUGGGGUGCUCUCGUGGCUCCUGUCGAGUCACCUGAUGAAGUUGACAACUUCAAUUGGCUGGGGUGCUUCACUGAUAAUGUCGGUUCUCGCUCUCUGCUCGGCCCGGUCUUCCACGCUGAGGAUAUGACGCUCGAAAAGUGCGCCGCCAACUGUGCAGACUACGGCUACUUCGGCGUCGAGUACGGCACGCAGUGCUUCUGCGGAAAUAGGCUCCGCGAGACCGCCGAAGAGGUGGAUCAGGCUGAGUGUGCCAUGCCCUGCGGUGGUGACAAUGCCAAUGUGUGUGGCGACGCCAACCGCUUGACUGUCUAUGUCAGCAAGGACUGCCGCGUAGACCCCGAUCGCCCCACCAGCGUGGGCAGCUUCCAAUAUCAGUCAUGCCGGACCGAUAGUGUCUCCUCCCGGGCUCUUCUUGUCUCGAAUGAAGAGCGCGUCCUUCGCGCUGAUGACAUGACUGUCGAAAAGUGUGCCGAAUUUUGUGACGGGUACCCCUAUUUUGGUGUUGAGUACGGCAGUCAAUGCUUCUGCGGCGAUCAGCUUUCAAACACCAGUCAAGAGGCCCCAGAGGAGGAAUGCGCUUACCUCUGUAAGGGAAACCCUCUUCAAUUGUGUGGUGCAGCGGACAGAUUGAAUGUGUAUGCUGUCGCGACAGCCCCAGAUUCCUAA